AGGCGGGGCGAUUCUGCGGGAGGGGCUAGUGUCUCUACGCCAUGGCCGCCCUGCGUGCUCUGCUACCCCGAGCUUGCAGCUCACUGUUGUCCUCGGUCCGCUGUCCAGAAAUCCGGCGCUUCGCCUCGGGUGCUAACUUUCAGUACAUCAUCACAGAAAAGAAAGGAAAGAAUAGCAGUGUGGGAUUGAUCCAGCUGAACCGCCCCAAAGCACUCAAUGCUCUUUGCAAUGGCCUGAUGGAGGAGCUCAACCAAGCCCUGGAGACUUUUGAGGAAGAUCCUGCUGUGGGGGCCAUUGUGCUCACUGGUGGGGAGAAGGCAUUUGCAGCUGGAGCCGACAUCAAGGAAAUGCAGAGCCGGACAUUCCAGGACUGUUACUCCAGCAAGUUUCUGAGCCACUGGGACCAGAUCACCCGGAUCAAGAAGCCAGUCAUCGCAGCUGUCAAUGGUUAUGCUCUUGGUGGAGGCUGUGAACUUGCCAUGAUGUGUGAUAUCAUCUAUGCUGGUGAGAAAGCCCAGUUUGGACAGCCAGAAAUCCUGCUGGGGACCAUCCCAGGUGCCGGGGGCACUCAGAGACUCACUCGUGCAGUUGGCAAGUCACUAGCCAUGGAGAUGGUCCUCACUGGUGAGCGCAUCUCAGCCCAGGAUGCCAAGCAAGCAGGUCUUGUAAGCAAGAUUUUUCCUGUUGAAACACUUGUUGAAGAGACCAUCAAAUGUGCAGAAAAAAUUGCCAGCAAUUCCAAAAUUAUAGUAGCUAUGGCAAAAGAAUCUGUGAACGCAGCCUUUGAAAUGACCUUAACAGAAGGAAAUAAGCUGGAGAAGAAGCUCUUCUAUUCUACCUUUGCUACUAAUGACCGGAGAGAAGGAAUGGAUGCAUUUGUGGAGAAAAGGAAGGCCAACUUCAAAGACCACUGAAAGCUGGCAGCUGAGCCUUGUGCCACCCUGGGGAGGAAAGUUCAGCCUGUCAGUUUGAGAGGCAAAUAAAUUGUCCUAAAGGGUGGUGUAGGCCACAGUCCCUACUGAAGGCUUUGUGGCUGUGGCCCCAGCUCAGGUACUCAUGGUGUGGCCUGCAACCUCCACCGGGGCUGGAAGUCAAUCUCUCACAGUCUUCUAAAUCAGAAAUAUGGGAAACAUUCAAGGUGUCUUGAUUUUUUAUUUUUAUUUUAUUUUUUUUACUUCACUUCAGAGGCAGGUGUGUGCUUGAACCAUCCAUACCCUGUCCAGUUUGGACAGUGCACAGCUCAGGAUAUGGCUUCAAGUAGGAAGUGCUCUAAGUGUACAAUAAUUUGUUUAGAGUGACUACUUCCAUUUAAUUUCAAUUUACCUAUAGUGGUCUAUAGAGAAUGAAGAAGGUGUUUUCUAAUUACUAUUGCUGUUAUUUUCAUUUGUGGGGGAAUACUGUUACUUUCUUAUAGAUGGGGUCUCAUUAUGUAGCCCUGGCUGCCUGGAACUUACUAUAUAGACCAGACUGGCCUCGAACUCACAGAGAUCCACCUGCCUCUGUCUCCUGAGUGCCGGGAUUAAAGGUGUGUGCCACCACUGCCCGGCUAUUUGUGUUUUUGACUUCACCAUCUUAACCACAUCUGAGUAUCCCAUCAAGCACUUUCAUAUCAGUGUGCAGCCUUCCCCACCAUCAAUCAGCCUCCAGAACUUCAUCUUCCCAAGCUAAAGCUGUCUCUAUUAGACACUGACUCCCUACCCCACCCCCGAGUCCCCGGAACCAGCAAUUGCACUUUCUAUGAGAAUGUAAUGACUCCAGGUUCCUCAAGAGUGGAAUUAGAGUAUUUGUUCUUUUCUGUUAUUUCACUUGCACAAGGCAAUGAACAACAUCUCCCAAUGACUUCCUAUGAAAUUCUGAAAGUGGUGGUCUUAAAAUGCUAGAAGGUAAGUGGGUCUGUAAGGCCCCAAAGGAGCGCUUACACACCCUUCCCUGUGAAGAUGAAAUGAGAAGACAUGAGGAUGAGGCAGGAAGUCUGUCUUCCCCAACAGCAAGUCUGCCUUGCUGCAACCUCUAGCCUCUAGAACUGUGAAAAGCAAGCAAUUAAGUUGAAGCAUGUUGAAGCCUAAACUAAUACAAAGACCCUCUGAGUUUAUCACGCUGUAGUACAUCAAUUAAAAGUAUGAUGUUUGCCAGGUGGUGGUGGCACUUGCCUUUAAUACCAGCACUGGGGAGGCAAAUGUAGGUGUAUCUCUAUGAGUUUGAGGUCAGCCUGGUCUACAGAGUUACAGGACAACUGGAACUAAACAGAGAAACUCUGUCUCAGAAAA